UUGCUUGUGCUUUUCUUUGGGUGCUUUUUGGGUUGUCUCUAGAUGCCCCGCCAUCUGUCGCUCGCCAUCCUUAUCCAGACCUGACAGAUCCUGAUUCCGCCUCUUUCGUCCGCAUCUCUUCCAACCUCACUCCCAUCCUCUUCGGCCUCGACGUCGACUUCUCUCCAUAUCCACCCUUCAUCAUGGAUCCCGCCGCUGUGAGGUCCUUGCUCGCCACUAGCUUGGACCCUGAUGCAGACAGUCGAAGGCGUGCUGAGCUUCAGUUGAAACAGAUUGAAGAACAGCCCGGAUUUCUCGAAUGUCUGCUCGAUAUCUUACAAGCCGAACAGGAGUCUAGUGUCCGCCUUUCGACCGUGAUUUAUGUCAAGAACCGCGUCAAUCGCUCAUGGUACAAUAAUGAGGGGUACUCUCCCGAUCCCCCCACCGCUAUAAUCCCUGAAGAAGAGAAGGCUCGUGUACGAGACCGCCUUCUGCCAAUUCUCGCUACGUCCGAAACCCUCGUCCGCCAGCAGCUCAUUCCCGUCCUCCAACGAAUUCUCCAAUAUGACUUUCCCGCCCGUUGGCCGAAGUUCAUGGACUUCACCGUCGAGCUUCUAAACACGAAUAACCCCGGUUCCGUUCUCGCUGGCCUGCAGUGUCUGCUCGCCAUCUGCCGUGCGUUCCGCUACAAAUCGACCGACAGCGAUGACCGACAACACUUUGACAAGAUUGUGGAGGCAACAUUCCCCCGUCUUCUCGCCAUCUGUAACGAGUUGGUGAACCAGGAGAGCGAUGAGGCUGGUGAAAUGCUUCACUUGGCCCUGAAGGCCUACAAGCAUGCGACAUGGUUGGAACUCUCGCCUUCGCUGCGACAACGUGACACCAACAUCGCUUGGUGCACUGUUUUCCUACACACGGUUUCCAAGGCUUGCCCCGCCAACGCUAUGCAGGGUGAUCAACACGAACGUGAGAAGCAUCACUGGUGGAAGGCCAAGAAGUGGGCUUUCUUCAACCUGAACCGCCUCUUCAUUCGACAUGGCAACCCUGCCAGUCCUGGCAAGGGCGAAGACGCACUUGCUUUCGCCAAGGACUUCACCGCGAACAUUGCCCCCGAGAUCCUCAAGCACUACCUCCAGGAGAUCGAGAAAUGGGUUGCCAAAACCUCUUGGCUCAGCCGACCUUGCCUUUCCUAUACUCUGGUCUUCCUCGACGAGUCGGUACGACCCAAGGAGAUGUGGACACACCUCAAGCCUCAUCUUACCAACCUUGUUACUCACUUCGUCUUCCCUGUUCUUUGCCUUACCGAGGAGGAUGUCGAGCAGUUCGAGGAUGAGCCCGACGAGUACCUUCACCGAAAGCUUAACUACUUCGAGGAAGCGUCUGCCCCUGAUGUCGCCGCUACUAACUUCCUUGUCAACCUUACUAAGAACCGUCGCAAGGAGACCUUCGAGAUUCUCAAGUUCGUCAACGCCGUUGUCACCGAGUACGAGCAGGCUGCGGAUGAUCAGAAAAACCACAUUGCCAAGGAGGGUGCCCUGCGCAUGAUCGCUACCCUGGCACCUGUUAUUCUGGGCAAGAAGAGCCCCAUUGCUGAUCAGGUCGAAUACUUCCUCGUCCGUUAUGUCUUCCCCGACUUUACCAGCCCACAGGGCUACCUCCGCGCUCGUGCUUGCGACACCAUCGAGAAGUUCGAGCAGCUUAACUUCCAAGAUCAGAACAACCUCCUUACUAUCUACCGACACAUCCUGGAUUGUAUGGCCGACCCUGCUCUCCCAGUUCGUGUCACAGCCGCUCUCGCUCUCCAGCCUCUUAUCCGCCACGAUGUCAUUCGAACAAGCAUGCAGCAAAACAUUCCCACGAUUAUGCAGCAGUUGCUCAAGCUUGCCAAUGAGGCUGAUAUCGAUGCGCUCGCGAACGUCAUGGAAGACUUUGUCGAGGUCUUCGCCACUGAGCUGACUCCUUUUGCUGUCGCACUGAGCGAGCAGCUCCGAGACACUUAUAUGAGAAUUGUGCGCGAGCUUCUCGAGAAGGAGAGCAAGGUUGGCGAUGACGGUGAGCUCUACAACGAGUACGACGACAAGAGCAUUACUGCUCUGGGUGUUCUGCAGACCAUCGGAACUCUGAUUCUCACACUCGAGAGCACUCCCGACGUCCUGCUUCACAUUGAGGCUGUCCUUAUGCCCGUCAUCAAGGUUACCCUGGAGAACAAGCUUUAUGACCUCUACAACGAGGUUUUCGAAAUUAUCGAUAGCUGCACAUUCGCUGCCAAGUCCAUCUCUCCCACCAUGUGGCAGGCCUUUGAGUUGAUUCACACUACUUUCAAGGCUGGUGCUGAAUACUACCUCGAGGAUAUGCUGCCUGCCUUGGACAACUUUGUCCAGUUUGGUGCUCCCCAGCUCGCUCAGAAGCCCGAGUACACUCAGGCCCUCUACUCCAUGGUCGCUGAUAUGUUCACCGACAGUAUUCAGGGAGGCGUUGAGAGGAUAUGUGCUUGCAAACUGGCCGAGGCUAUGAUGCUUAGCUUGAAGGGCCAAAUUGAUAGCUGUGUCGAGGGUUUCAUCAACAUUGCCAUGAGCAUCCUUGCCAACCAAGAUGUUAAGGUGAAGAGCUACCGCAUCCAUCUCAUGGAGAUGGUGAUCAACUCGAUCCACUACAACCCACUUCUCACCCUUCAGGUACUUGAGAACAAGGGCUGGACAAACCGUUUCUUUAGUCUCUGGUUCGGCAGCAUGACUUCUUUCACCCGUGUUCACGACAAGAAGCUUUGCAUCGUUGCCAUCUCAGCUCUCCUGAGCCUGAACCCUGAGCACGUGCCAUCCAGUGUCUCUGUUGGCUGGCCAAGAUUGCUUCAAGGCAUUACUGAACUAUUCCGCUCCCUUCCUGCCGCUCAGAAGAACCGCGACGAGGCUCUCCGUGACGAUUUCCACCUCGAGUCCACUUAUGACUACGGCGAGGAAGAUGAGUGGGAUGAUGACGAGGCCAACUGGAACGCUGAGGAGGAGGAGGAGACAGGCGAGACUAACGAGUCCAAGGACGAGAGCACUGCUUAUCUCAACUUCUUGAACGAGGAGGCCCAGAAGUUCAGCCGAGCGAUUGAUGACGUUGAGGAGGACGAUCUCGGCGAGGACUCUGUCCUGCUCGAGUCGCCACUCGACAAGAUUGAGCCUUACCAAUUAUUCCGCGGCACUCUCAUGAAAAUGCAACAAGAGCAACCCCAGUUCUACAGCAGCCUGGCUGGACACCUCACGGCUGAUGAUCAGAAUGUGAUUCAGUCCGUGAUGGUCAAGGCCGAUGAGAUCGCGGCACAGCAGGUGCAGCAAGCCCAGCAAGCUCAGCUCCUGGCUCAACAACAGGCUGCUGCGAUGGCGGCCAAUCUCAGCGCCCCUAACGGUGGUGCCAGCUAAAGGAUGGCUGUCGAAGGAUGUCGUACACGUAUCACGAGUGAUCUGAGUUAUUGGAGUUGUUUCUACCCCCAUUUUGUUAUAUCCCUUUCCUCGUUCAU